AUCUUUCUUCGACAUCUCAUGACUUCACUGAGCAUAAUUUCUUCCGGAAUCAACCCGUACCGGCCGUACCCUCGACCAACAUGUCAACACUCAAAUGAACCACCGACUGCAAAGAGUCUCCUACUUUCCCGACUGAAAUUCGGAUUGGAUGUAGUGCAAAGGCCGAGCAAUUUCCUGCAGCUGCAUUCAAGUCCUCUUCCUGUUAUCUACUAGAGUCGUCAUCCCUACUAACUAGUCAUCGGAGAUGUUCCAAGGGGGAUAAGUCCAUUGUCGCACUAGGUUCAUCUGGUAUGUCCGCGCCCAUUAUUCUCCUUACGUCUUUCGUAUUGCUUUUGCUUCGCUUGUCCCAGGUCUCAACAUUUAAACCCGUGUGUGCUGUGUGCAACCGAAGCCGCAUGAUCCCGCAAUAUCCAAACACACCUCCACUCUCGGAUGACUUUAUUCCUUACUCUAUGAUUGUCCCAUGCUCUCAAAAACCUGCUACCCAAUCACCUUUCACCUUUCUAACACGUCGUUCGCUCGAAUCACCCCAGACUCGAGUGCAAUGCUACGUAUGCAUACAAUAGACGAUGGAUCGACUGUAUGCUCCAUAUCAUACUCGAAGAAGUAUCUCUAGUAUCUCUGCAAAUCGAUUGACUGAAACAAGAUCAUCGUAUUGAAGAGCUACAAGGAUUGAAUUGAUUAACUGCAACUCGGAGGAAUGGGAAAGGUUGGAGACUCACCCCUCUCGACAUUGCUGCCAGCG